CGCUGGCUGUCAGACCGAACGCGCAGGAUUUCGCUUUUCGGCACCAACAUCCGCUGCCGCAGCAUGCCCGCCUCCGAGCCCGAGAGCGUCUUGUACGAGUUGGCGGCGGCCCUGCGCAAGGGCGUCGCCAUCCGCACGCGCCGCUUGGGCCUGCGCUCGCACAAGCUCACGUUUCUCGGCUCCGACGCCGUGACGUGGCUUGUUGAGAACGCGGCUUGCCGCAGCCGCGACGACGCUAUCGAGCUCGGGCGCAACUUGCACCACGCCGGGCUCUUUCGCCCGAUCGUGGGCUCCGAUCCAUUCCGAGACGACAAGAACACGCUCUACCGCUUCGCCGAAGACGAUGUUGGCGACGACGAGUUGAGCGGCAGCAAGUCGGUGAGCGUCAAGCCGUCGGACGGCGUCAAGCCGCUCGUCGAGCGCCUCACUGGCCGCCGCACGUCCGUGCCAACCAAGGGUAUUCGGUCGCUCUUACUCAAGAAGAAGGCCUUUUGCCCCAUCGAGUCGCUCCUGACCGUCGCGCCGGGUACGACCUUUGGCUUUGAAGACGGGUGUCCAUUCUUCUUUCCCGCGCACACUGUGCACAACUCGAUCGCGCUCACGCUGCCCGUCGUCGAGACGAUGAAGAAGGCGUUUGCGUCCCACGACAUGCGCGCCCGAGAGAACGCCGUCUACGGGCUCCGCAAAGAGGUGCUCAAAGCCGCCGACUCAAGCGAUAAGAACUGGAUGUACAUCAAGAACGUCCAGGGCCACCACGGCAACGACGUCCGCGUCUUCUAUCGCGAUGCGGUCGGCGGCUUCCACACCUUUUUAACCGUCGGGGCGAUCCACGUCCCGCCGGCGACGUUUGUCGAGCAUUUUCUGGACCACGAGGAGCGUGCGAAGAUGGAGGCGUUCUACGAGGCCGGUCAAACGGUCGAGGACCUCCUCAUGGCCCACACGCGCGAGAUGAAGGUCAAGCACCACAUCCAUCAGCCGUUCUGGGACGCCAAGGCGCCGUGGUCGCCCGACCAGAGCAUGCAUUCGAUCUCGGGCGACAUUGCCGACGUGACCGCGCACCACAUGAAACCCGCGGAAAAGUACCCGCAGGUCGCGCCCGGUACGAUUGUCGAGGAGCCGACGCAGCAGCAGCUCAUUGGCGGCGGCACGCAGCGCAUUCUGUACCGCACCAUGAGCAGCGUCUCGCGCGUCGUGAGCAAGCGCGACUUUGUGACAUUCCAAGACUCGUUCUCGAUGGCCAACGGCGGCCACGUGGUCUACGAGAUCUCGGUCCAACACCGCGACAUUCCGACGUCGUUGCCCAGCUAUACCCGCGGCGAAGUGCUCUGCCUCGCGCACAUUGCCGAGCCGAUCGACGGCCUUCCGACCGCGUGUAUGCUCACAGUCGUGACCCAAGUCGGCUUCAAGGGCAAGAUGCCCGAGUUUGUCGCCAAGAUGAUCUUCGACAAGCUCAUCACGCGCAGCUUCGAGUCGCAGAUGUGCGAUCGGGUCACGGACAAUACCGAGAUCAUGGCCGGCGCGUUCGCCAACGUCCCGUACAUCACGGACGACAGCCAGACGGACGACUUUGAAAGCCGUGCGACGCUCCUCGACUUUGAAAUUCUCGCUGUGCUCGGUCGCGGCGGGUUUGGUAAAGUGCUGCAAGUACGCCACCGCAAGACACAAAAGGUGCACGCCAUGAAGGUCCUCAAGAAGGAGAAUAUUGUCCACGACAUUCAAGUCGAGCGCACGCGCACCGAGCGCAGCAUCCUCGCGGCCGUCGAACACCCGUUCAUCGUCGCGAAGGAAUAUUCGAUGGAGUACAUGCCGCACAUUGCGAGCGACGACGACGUGAGCAACUUUAUGGACCAGUUCACGCAGGAGACUGUGACCGACAGCACGGCGACCACCUCGUACAACUCAUCGAGCCAGCACAGCAGCAACGCGUCGUCGUGGCAGCCGCAGUCGUCGACCGAAAAGUCAGGUAGCAAUUUCUCUGGCUUUUCGUUUGUCGGCGCCGCAGCCUUUAACGAGUCGGGCUUUUAAUAUCGUUGUCUACGC